AUGGUCCGUCGAAAAAGUUUAAAAGUGCAGGAAAUGGAAUCUCGACUUGCUGAAGCAGUAUUAGGAGUUCAAAAUGGAAAGUAUAAGUCUUCAUAUGAAGCUGCAAAAGAACUGGGGCUUCCUAAAGAUACUGUGACGCGACGCGUCAAAGGGGGUUCAUCGCGUUCUGAAGCACGUCAAUCGCAACAGAAACUUUCUGCUGUACAAGAGAAUGUACUUCUUAAGUGGAUAAAGCAAUUGACAAUUAGCGGCUAUUCACCAGGCCAUCAGUUGUUAAAAGAAUUGGCUGAGGAGUUACGUUCAAAACGGACUUAUAAUUUGGAUUGCCCCUCAUUUGACUCCCUUGAACUUCUACCACAACACCUUCUUGGUUAUGAAUGGGUUCCACGAUUUAUCAAACGACAUCCUCAUCUUACAGUUGUUAUUGGCCGUCGAAUUGAAUCUUGUAUUUGUGUGGAUGGAUUCAUUCUUUUACCACUCGGGAUUUUUAAAGGUAAAAACGUCCUUCAAAAUUGGAUUCCGAAGGAAGUUCUUGGUAGUUGGUUCUUUUCAGCAAAUACAAAGGGCUGGACAAGCAAUCUUCAUGGAUUAGAAUGGCUAAAACGCGUUUUCGAACCUGCAACUCGUGCAAAAGCAGAUGGCAAAUAUCGGCUUCUCAUCUGCGAUGGCCACGAUUCUCAUAUUAGUGGAAGCUUUAUAGCUCAUUGUCUUCAAAAUCGAAUUGUACUUCUUAUACUUCCUCCUCAUACCUCGCAUUUGCUUCAGCCACUUGAUGUUGCGGUUUUCGGUCCAUUGAAAAAACGGCUCACCGCAGCACUUUCUGAUUUGAAUCAAGCUCAACUUGUACGAAUACAAAAGAUUGAAUGGAUGGAGGCAUAUAUUAAAGCUCGAGCCGAUGUAUGCCAUCAUCAAAAUAUCGAAUCGGCAUGGCGGGGAGCUGGGUUACAUCCAUUUAAUCCACAGAGAGUGUUCCGUACACUGGGUCGAGAGUUUACCCCCGAAGUCGAAAUAUCCAAAGAACCAACCCAAUUUGAUAUUUUUAAUCAAGUCUUCGUCAAUAGCUCACCCCCAGAUGUAGCAAUCUUACAAACAGCAAAUAACCUUUUAAAUUCAACAAUUGAAAAUGAUACAACUCUUUCAACCCCGGUUCGUCAAUACAUUCGAAAAUUGACGAUUGGGAGUGAGCAACUUCGAGCUCAAAGUAUUGUUCACCAACACGAUGCGAAUAAUUUACGAGCUAUUAUGAAGAAACGUAUGAUAUGUAAGAAAGGAAAGAGACUAGUUUUGAAGGGUCAUUUUCAUAUUUCUACGCAAGAAUUAUGUGAUGCAGUAGUGGAAGCCGAAAAAGCUACUAAAGUACAGACAAUGAAAAAAGGAAAAGGGAAAGGGAAAGUAAUUGAAUAUAAGACUGAAACUGAAGAGGAUAUUGGAGAAGAAGUUGAAGAUGAAUCUGAAAGUGAUAUUGGAGAUUGUAUUAUAGUUGAUUGUUGA